CGCUCCGCCCCCUCGCCGCGCCGCGCCCCGGUUCCCACGGCGCCCGGCACGGCGAACCAGCCCGCCCGCCCAGCAAGCAGCCCCGCCGGGCCAGGCCGCACGCGAACAUGGCGCUUGUCCCCUGCCAGGUGCUGCGGGUGGCCAUCCUGCUGUCCUAUUGCUCCAUUCUGUGCAACUACAAGGCCAUCGAAAUGCCCUCCCAUCAGACCUACGGGGGGAGCUGGAAGUUCCUGACCUUCAUUGAUCUGGUCAUCCAGGCAGUCUUCUUCGGCAUCUGUGUCCUGACUGACCUCUCCACUCUCCUGACCAGAGACAGCGGGAACCAGGAGCAAGAGCGACAGCUUAGGAAGCUCAUCUCUCUCCGGGACUGGACGCUGGCUGUGCUGGCCUUUCCUGUCGGGGUUUUCGUUGUCACAGUGUUCUGGACCAUCUAUGCCUAUGACAGAGAGAUGAUAUACCCAAAAUUGCUUGACAACUUCAUCCCAGGGUGGCUGAACCACGGAAUGCACACAACGGUUUUACCCUUUAUAUUAAUCGAGAUGAGGACAUCCCACCAUCAGUAUCCCAGCAGGAGCAGUGGACUCGCCGCCAUAUGCACCUUCUCCGUGGGCUAUAUAUUAUGGGUGUGCUGGAUACAUCAUGUCACCGGCAUGUGGGUGUACCCUUUCCUGGAACAUAUUGGCUCAGGAGCUAGGAUCAUCUUCUUUGGGUCAACAACAAUUCUAAUGAAUUUCCUGUACCUGCUUGGAGAAGUGCUGAACAACUAUAUCUGGGAUACACAGAGAACAAAGGCUCCUCCUGGGCAAGACACUCAAUGUAAUCUAAGCUGUGACAAACCUGUCCAAAAUCUAUGUAAAAAGACAUAAACGUUGGAAGGUGGAAAAGCAAGAGCUUAGACAUGUAGGGAUCUGAAUCCUGCGAGAAACCACAUCCAGAGGCUGGUAUGGGGAUUUCGGAGAGAUCUGAACAUCUCUCUGGACACAGUCCUUCAUUCUCAAUAUCACCUGUAAGUGGACUGUGAUCCACAAAUGUUGAGCACCUGACUGAGGGCCAGUCACUGUGCUGAAUCACAGUCCACUUGACUAAUAAAGUAGUGCUUGCAUAGUCACGGAAUCAGAUUGUUUUUGUGCGUGCUUCUUCCGAGACCGUGUGAGUAAACAUGUCAACCAAUGCUAAAUGGUCCCUAGUUUUCAUCCAUUCAGACCACAGCUUGGAGAACCAGACAUUAAUCUUUUCAUGACAUUUCCUCCAUUCAACAGAAGCAGUAAUCUUUCUCUUUUAAAUUAUAGAAUUAUUUGGUACCCUUAAAAAUCCUUUUGAUUGUGAGCCUAGCCUUUAAUGGCUGAGCCAUCUCUUUUGAGGCCGGGUAGUGGUGGUACAUGCCUUUAAUCCCAGCACUUGGGAGGCAGAGCCAGGCAGAUCUCUGUGAGUUCGAGGCCAGCCUGGUCUACAGAGUGAGAUCCAGGACAGGUACCAAAACUACACAGAGAAACCCCCCCCCCAAAAAAAAAAUUGAAAAGAAAAAAGAAAAAAAGAGAAAAUUUGCUUCAUCAUCUUCAGAGAGUGGCUGUAGUUAAAUUUAAGUUAGUAUGUGCAGUCCAGGAAAAAAUUUUCUGGCUUUCUCUAUCCCCUGGAUAUGCUCAAUUCUGGCAGACAUUUGACCAUACCUAUGCUACUGCCUUGAGAAGGUGGCCUAAACAGCAGAGAUAAAUAUCCAGACUAAGAACGUUGCUUUCCAGCAGCCUUGAAUGAGGAGUUAGAAAUGAACAGCGACACUGAGUUUUCUGAACUAUCUGUGCAGCUUAACUGGUCUCUCCUGUUGUCUUGCAUGGCAUGCAUGAAAGUCAGUCACCGUUUUAUAGCUUAUUUCUGUUUAGAGAUUAAUUGUAUCUACAUUUAUUUAGUGGAGCCCCUAGGAGCUGUUGUUUGUGUCAAAUCAGCAUCCUCCCACUAAUGGCCUCCCCUCAACUCUGUCUUUGUGUGUCUGUGUUGGGGUGGGGGGAGAAACAGGAGUUUCCUAGUGAGAUCUGAGCUUGCUUUACCAGCAGGAAUGUAUAAGAGGAUGAUUGGACCAGAACCUGGGUACCAGGUGUUUGGAAGGGUCUACACUUGGUUGUAUCUAGCAAGGGGGAGGUCUUUUGCCCACCCCUUGCCAUUGUUGUUAAAAUCCCUUUUGAAUAAAGUUCUGGACCAGUGGAUAAGGAUCCAGGCCCUCCGAAGGCUAUCCUGUGAUUCUCUUUUUCUCUCCCCUCUAUCCUUCUAUCUAAAUUUCUUAUCCCUCACUACUCAAGAGUACCCUGGGGGGAAAAGGUGGAGACUGGACCCCACAAAUGGUGCCACAAACUGGGACCAGAGACUUGGUGAAAGGAGAGAGGGGAGAUCGCAGGUAUAAGGAGGCAUGCCGAUAAGGAAUUGAAAAAUAAAGGCGACGGUAUUUUAUUCUCAGGAGUAAAAGUAAAGUGGCUGAAAGAUGUCAAGUGAGGCUGCAGCAUGUAUCUCAUAAUAUCUAGGUUUCUCUUUUUCUCUCUUUUUCAGUCUCUAUCUAUCUACUAAAUUAGGUUUGAAAAUGAUAGUAUAAGUAAGUCAUAGAAAUGUAGGCUUAGGUAUUUAGGGUAGAAUAGGCUUUAGGUGUACGGAUAUUGUGUAGGCUUAAUAGGAAGGAACUUAGGGUAGGCUUAGAAUUUCCCUAGUGCUGGACCUGGGAUGCCAAGGGCAGCAUCCAGGACCUAGUAGACUGUGAACUUGGCAGUAUGAGUGGCUUCAGAAGCCACAGAAGCCACCAACGAUGGCAGACACCAGAGCCAGUGCAAGCGGCAGCUGAGACCUGCGGGGCAUCAGCCCAGUGCAGGUGGCAGAUGCCCAAGAGACAGUACAAGCAGCAGGGUUCUGCAUGCUUUCUGCUGUGAGGAGCCACAGUGAGGAGAACACAAUCAGUCAGGGUGCUUGUGAAGCCUGACUGACAUAGCUUGAGGGUACACUCAACCUUAACAAGCUAGCUCACAGAGGCUUGGAGUGCAGCAAAAACUUCAGGCCCCAGCUGCCAGAGUAGGUCUACUUCCAGAGCUGCAGUACCCAGGCAGAGACACCAGGGAAGAGGCUGAGAGCUGAGCAGGUAGCUGCAGAGGGAGAGCACAGGGUGCCAUGGCAGGUAUGUGAGAGACAAAGCCUCCUCCAUAAAAAGAUGCCCACAGGGCGCACACCAGGAGGGCCAGAGUGCAGGCACUCUGCGUCCGAGUGCGCUCAGGGAACACUGGAGAGCCUGAAGUGAUAUUCAGCUGUGCAAGUAGGACAACACUCUUAGAGGAGGACUCCCAGCAGAGCAGGUAACACAGGCAGGGGUGCAGAGGCCACAACUGGCCAUGGACAGAGCUAGCAACAAAAGCCUUGCAGUUUCUGUUUACUGGCUGUAAGAAAGUCUCUUUUGAAUGGACUCUGCCCCAGCCAGCUAAUAGCUUUUUCCUUGAAGCAAAAAUGGCUUUAGGGGAAGGAUACAGACUGCAAAAAAUUGCAGCUGUAGCAGAGAGUGAAAGUUUCAGAAAGGCUUACUUGAACUGAAAAAAAGUCUAGUUAUGGGACUCCUCAUAUUUGGAGUUGUUUACUUCAGAGUCAUUAUGACACUGACAGCUAUACAAAGAUUUAAGGGCAGCUGACAAGCCAGACCCUGAUAGUUUUGGCGCUUGUCCUGGAUCUCACUCUGUAGACCAGGCUGGUCUCAAACUCACAGAGAUCUGCCCCGCUCUGCCUCCCAAGUGCUGGGACUAAAGGCGUGCACUACUGCCACCCAGUGCUUCCUGGAACUUUAAGACUGGUGAAAGAACUGUGUUUUUAAAUUUUUUAGACUUAAGAAAUGUGAUGGACAAGAGUGAUUUCAUUGCAUUGGGACAAUUUAAACUUUACUUAUAUAUACAGACUCUAUUCACAAACUGCUUUGUGUUGAAAUGGAACUGUUUUGUGGAACUGUUUCUGUAAAAUGGAACUGCUAAUGGAACUGGUUUUGUGUUAAAAAUGGAACUGUUUAAAUAGAGAAAUUUGGUUUUUUUUUUUCUACUCAGGUUCAAGAUGCAGUUAAAAAAUUAUAAAGGAAAGGGGGAAUUAAUGUUCUUCAAUCUAUUUAAUUUACUUUAAAUAAAUAUUUUCUUGUCACUUGA